CGAGGAAAAGGGGAAAUGAAAUUCCGGGAAAAAGGCAAGAAAAAGGUGCUUUCCGCUGACGUUCCCGAAACCGAUUCGUCUUCUUCAAAGCUUCCCCACUUCCAUUGACUGAGCUGAGAAGACUCCCAUUAUAUCCUCCUUCCUUGCAUCUUCUCUUCCACCAGUCCAAACCCUAGUAGUUCGAUUUGUUUCAGCUGAGGCACAUUAGGAGAGCAAAGCUUGGACGUGAGCUUGAAACCAGGCCCAUGACGUCGCCGAGAAGCUUCCGUGCUUCCUUGCUGCUGAUCGUGCUGGCGGCCGCGGCGGUUCCUCGCGCGGUGUACGGGAACUCCGAGGGUGACGCUCUGUCCGCGCUGCGCCGGAGCUUGUCGGAUCCGGACAACGUGCUUCAGAGCUGGGAUCCGAAUCUCGUCAAUCCCUGCACCUGGUUCCACAUCACCUGCAAUCGGGACGGCCAUGUCACUCGCGUGGAUUUAGGAAAUCAAAAUUUGUCUGGAAACCUGGUUCCUGAACUCGGGAACCUUGAGCACCUACAGUAUCUGGAGCUUUACAAGAAUAAUAUUCAAGGAACUAUUCCGCCUGAGCUUGGUAAUCUCAAAAGUCUAAUAAGUUUGGACUUGUAUAACAACAAGCUGUCAGGAACCAUUCCUCCAUCAUUAGGGAAACUGAAGUCUCUCGUGUUUCUGCGGCUGAACAACAACAGGUUAAGUGGACGAAUUCCAAGGGAACUUUCUGAGAUACCAACACUCAAAGUAGUGGAUUUUUCGAACAACAGUCUCUGUGGACCUAUCCCUAUCACUGGAUCUUUUGAGCACAUCCCGCUGGAGAGCUUUGAGAAGAAUCCUAGACUGGAAGGUCCAGAGUUGAUGGGACUUGCGAGUUAUGACACAAACUGUGAUUGAAGAAAACCGGUGCAUCUUAUACGCAUCUCCGAGGAUUGUAGCUGUACUAUCGAUAGUGGUAGGGGAGGAAAGUGAAUGCAAAUCCCUAAUAUCAUAUAAGUUUGUAAAUCCCUUAAAACAAUGAUGCUUGGGUACUUGUAACUGCAUCAUUUAAACCUCGCGAGAUGUUUAGAUUAUGGAAUCAUAUUGAAAUAUGACAGUGAUGCACAUGCUAUUUAACCUGAGGCAUUCUAUCU